UACAACUUGUCCGGCAGGCGGCGCUGUUGGCCCCUCCGUGUUAAGUUGGGGGAUGGGCGGGAGCACGACGACAGCCUCUUUCCUCUCUUCAGAGAAUAACCGGAGGCAGCACCCGACAAGGCAGGCGACGACACAGUUGCUGCUCUUUGGGAACGACAUUCUUUUUGAAACGUAAUAAUGGGAGACCCAUCUCUUCGAGACUGCCCCCUUGAUUGUAAAGUGUAUGUUGGAAACCUGGGCAACAAUGGAAACAAAACUGAGUUGGAACGGUCCUUUGGCUACUAUGGACCCCUGCGCAGUGUCUGGGUAGCCAGGAACCCACCAGGCUUUGCUUUUGUAGAGUUUGAGGAUCCUAGAGAUGCCACUGAUGCUGUCAGAGAACUAGAUGGAAGGACCAUGUGUGGCUGCAGAGUCCGCGUUGAGCUGUCCAAUGGGGAAAAGCGCUCCAGAAGCCGUGGACCUCCGCCAUCUUGGAGCCGCCGCCCACGGGAUGAAAACCGGCGGCGUAGUCCGCCCGUACGACGCAGAUCACCUAGGAGGAGAAGCUUCAGCCGCAGUCGCAGCAGGUCUGUGUCAAGAGACAGGCGCAGAGAUAGGUCUCUAUCCAGAGAAAGGAACCAUAAGCCCUCAAGAUCAUUCUCACGAUCUAGGAGUCGCUCCAGGUCGAAUGACAGGAAGUAAAAGGACGACGAAAGACUUGAGCGUCUUUGAUCUUGUGGUUAGGAUUCAACUUUUUAUACAGGCUUUUUUUUUAUUCAUUUUAUUGAUCACUUCAUGUUGUCCUCUGUGGACAAACUAUCCAACUAACAAUCUGUUUGAAUUGACUCUCUCAACUUCAGGACUUUUUUUUUGUUUAACAUUUAAGAGUUGAUUAUAAGUACCUUAAUGCGUGAACCUUUUUUUUUCUUUUGUUCCUUAAUCAUUACAAAAACAAAGUUAUUACUGUCUUUCCCUGCAUGUAGAGAUGUCAUCUUGAGAUUUCACUUUCCAUGAUCAUCCCUUGUUUUUGGUUCCAUUAGUUUAACUGAUCGAAUUAAAGGUUAUUUGAUGUUUUUAA